UGUCCCCCAGGACACUACUGCACAGUGGGGAGCAGCAGAGCACAGCCAUGCCCUGCAGGGAGCUACAGCCCAUUCUGGGGCAUGGUGCAGUGUUUGGAGUGCCCAGAAGGCUUUUACUGUAAGGCUGGUUCCAGCAAUUACACGGACUGUCCCGCAGGACAUUACUGCCCAAGGAAUACAGAGUUUGCCACACAGUAUCCCUGUCCACCAGGAACCUACAGUGAGGACUUAAACACGAGGGAUGCCUCCAAGUGCCAGCUGUGUCCCCCUGGAAAAGUCUGCUCCAAAUCAGGCUUGACGAGUCCUGAUGGACCAUGCACGCCUGGAUGGUUUUGUCCACCCGGAUCAGCAUCAGGCGAGCCAAUAUCCCUAGGGUCAGAAGCUUCACCUCGCGGGUCCUUCAGGCUAUGCCAAGCAGGAACGUUUUGUCCUGGUGGUUCAUCUCUUCCUAUUCCCUGUACCCCAGGCUCGUACUGUGCAUCUGCAGAGCUGGCUGCGCCAUCUGGUCCCUGUGAUGCUGGCUUUUACUGCACUGGGGGCUCCACGCUCCCCAACCCAACAGAUGGGGCAGUGGGAAAUAUUUGUCCUCCAGGCUACGUGUGUCCCCAAGGAAGUUCUUCUCCAUCUCCAUGUCCCCCAGGCUCUUUUUUGGCCCAUCAUGGUGGCCAAUCAGCACAAGAUUGCCGGCCCUGUUUAGCAGGAUGGUUCUGCUCCCACCGAGGUCAAAGUACACCAGAGGGGCGGUGUAAGGAAGGCUGGUUUUGCCCAGAGGGGUCUGUAUCAGGACUUAAUCCAGAUUAUAUAUGUCCUGUUGGCCACUAUUGCCCCACAGGCAGCCCAGAGCCCAAACCCUGUCCCUCUGGGAAAUACCAGGACCAGACUGGUCAAAGCCUGUGCAAGACGUGCCCAACAGGAAAGUUCUGUGGCCCAGAAGUCCAAAUCCAAGAUCACAAUGAGACCUUUUCACAUGGAAUGAUCAAGCCAGCAGAUUGCCCGGCUGGAUACUACUGUCUCUCAGGAACUAAAGCUGCCAAGCAGUACCCAUGCCCCCAGGGCACCUUCAGUAACCAGACUGGGCUGAGCAAUUCCAAGGACUGCAGGGCUUGCCCUGGGGGAAAAUUCUGUGCAGAUGCAGGGCUAGGAAAAACUGCUGCAGAGGGACUGUGCUCUGCUGGUUACUACUGCCCGCCAGGCCAGACCUCAUCCACUCCUCUCUCCUAUCGCUGCCCCCGUGGCUUCUACUGCCCUGCAGGAUCUGCCAUUCCCAUGGCCUGUGAGAGGGGGACCCACCAGACACAGGAAGGGAAAGAAUCAUGUGACAUCUGCCCAGCAGGAUUCUUCUGUGAACCAUCCAGCAAAAGUUCUGGGACACAGACUCCCAGACUGUGCCCUAAAGGGUAUUUCUGUCCACCCAGUACCAGCUUUGGUACAGAACAUUCAUGUCCAAGAGGUACAUUUGGACCCAAGACUGGUGCCACUGGUGAAUCUGACUGUGAGCCCUGCCCAGCAGGCACGUAUUGCUCAUCUACAGCACUGUCCCAGCCAUCGGGGCUUUGCCACUCCGGCUAUUACUGCACCCAGGGAGCCAUCCACCCAGCCCCCAUCAGACACAAGGUGGAAUCUGCUGGCCUACCUCUGCCUGGAAAUGACAUCUGCCCUCCUGGGCAUUUCUGCCCCAGUGGCACAAGCCAUCCUAUGCCCUGCCCUCCUGGAACCUACUCUACCUCCCUGGGCCUGGGAGCAGAGGAGCAGUGCCAGCCCUGCCCAGCGGGACAGUACUGCAGUCAGGCGGGAUUGUCUGAUCUGUCCCAGACAUCGCCUUGUAGUGCAGGGUGUGGCAGUGUGGUCAUUCUCCUUUUUGUAUUGACAAACUGAGACCUGCAGGCCUCCGUUGGAAGUAACAUCGGGGCACCCAAUAACACCUCAUCAUUGACAAAUAGGGGCACAGGACUGAGA